GACAGAACGAAUCCCUAAAAUACGUAUGUGGCACCCUCGUCAUUGGGGCUGUUCGUCUUAUAAUAAAUUUCAGUGUAGACUCCGUAAGAAGAGUUUAGAUGCCAACACCCCGGUUUGUGACUGACUCGGUGGUUGUUUAUGUUAUCCUGGUAGUAUCCUUAAGUCACGGGGAAGGAAGAGGUGCGAAAACAGGGACCCAGUUAGGAUCACGUCGUCGUUUUCUUUUGGGAGGACCACGUUUACUCGGAGAAUUGCACUCGAGUAUUUUACGUUUUGGGGGACUACCCUCAGUAACCGUCUCGGUAGCUGUCUCCACGGGAGCAACUUGAUCCUUCAAGGGAACCGAAGGCGGCGUAGGAACAUCGGGGGCUUUGGCGGGCGGUGGUUGUUCCUUGAAAUUUAUGAGAUAUUCGAGUCUUUUCUUG